CCCCAAACACGCGCCCGGCCACGUCCGUCACGCACUUUCCUCUUCCCCUCCAACCCUAAUUUCAUCCCCUCUUCCAUCUCCGCCACCGCCCUCGGCGUGCCCCGCGCCAUCGAUCCGCCGCCGCGCUCGCCGAACGAUGGCCCCAAUCCCCUUCGCGCCCUCCCCGUCGCCGCUCGUCGAUCGGUGAGCGCGGUUCCGUCGCUGCAUCGAAGCGCGAACAGUCACUCCCUGACCUCGCCUUAACGCCGCCAGCCGCGAGGAUCCCUACGUCACUCUCUCCCCCGCCGCCUCUUCUCCCCUCUCCGAACCGCAGGGUCAGGGUCGGCGAGCGGCCGCGGCUGUGGACGGCUUCCUUGGCCUUCCCUCCCGACUCCGCGGGCACGGCGGCGCCGGCGAGCGGGUUUGGAGGGGCGACGCGGCCGACCUCGUUCCAUCCGAUUACAUCUCGAUUUGAAUCACACUGAAGCUGAGCCCCCAUGUUAGGUCGGCCCUUGCUUGGAAUCGGUGGAUGCUAGCAGCUGCCGUGCUCUAGGGUUAGGAAUUAGUUGAUGGUUCAUGUAAUUCUCGCAUUCCUUCUGUAAUGUUUGGAACAGUUUAACAUAGUAGCAAAUAAAAGAAUUUGUAUGAUAGACUGGAAAAAGCAUCAAAUUUUGCGCUGUAAAGAAGGUUAAAAGAAAGAGAAAUAAUAAUUUUUUUGAGAUAGCUAGUAAGAGGAAGCAGAAUUCCUGAGACUGAUUGUACACCAUCUAUGGCGAAGAGUAACAAUGGUAAUGGCUACCUUGGUGUGACUGAGCCAAUCUCAUUGAGCGGCCCAACAGAGAAGGACAUUGUCCGCACGCAGGAGGUUGAGAAGUGUCUUGCUGACGCGGGCCUGUAUGAAAGCCAAGAGGAGGCUGUCUCACGUGAAGAGGUUUUAGGCAAACUGGACCAGAUUGUGAAGGCUUGGAUUAAGAAGGCAACUCGAGCUGGUGGUUUUGGCGAGCAAUUUGUGCAAGAAGCAAAUGCAAAGAUUUUUACUUUUGGUUCAUACCGACUAGGGGUUCAUGGCCCUGGUGCAGAUAUUGAUACGCUUUGUGUUGGUCCAAGACAUGCAACUCGAACUGAGUACUUCUUCCAAGCUCUUUAUGAAAUGCUAGUUGAUAUGCCAGAGGUCACAGAGUUACAUCCAGUGCCAGAUGCUCAUGUUCCUGUUUUGAAAUUCAAACUUAAUGGGGUUUCUAUUGACCUUUUGUAUGCUAAUCUUACACAUGUUGUGAUUCCUGAGGACCUUGAUCUUUCACAUGACUCUAUAUUGUAUAAUGUUGAUGAACAAACUGUCCGAAGUUUGAAUGGGUGCCGAGUUACUGACCAAAUUCUACGAUUGGUUCCAAAUAUUCUGACCUUCCGGACAACCUUGAGAUUCAUGAGAUUUUGGGCAAAAUGCCGUGGAGUCUACUCAAAUGUUAUAGGGUUUCUUGGUGGUAUAAACUGGGCACUUCUUGUUGCUCGUAUAUGCCAAUUAUACCCAAAUGCAUCACCCAGCAUGUUGAUAUCUCGUUUUUUCAAAGUCUACAGCAAGUGGAAGUGGCCCAAUCCUGUUAUGCUUUGCCAUAUUCAAGAGAGUUCUCUUGGUCUUCCUGUGUGGGAUCCAAGGAGAAAUUUUAGAGACAGGGGCCAUCAUAUGCCUAUAAUUACACCUGCUUAUCCUUGUAUGAAUUCUAGCUAUAAUGUAUCUAUCAGUACUAGACAUGUGAUGGUCCAAGAAUUCACACGAGCUUCUGAUAUCUGUCAGGCAAUAGAUGAAAACAAAGCAGACUGGGAUGCUUUAUUUGAGCCAUAUCCAUUUUUUGAACUAUAUAGAAAUUAUUUAAAGAUUGAGAUCACAGCAAGAAAUGAAGAUGACCUCAGGAAUUGGAAAGGUUGGGUAGAAUCCCGGCUUCGUACACUUGUAUUAAAGAUUGAGCGAUUUACACGUGAGAUGCUCCUCUCACAUCCUAAUCCUAGAGAUUUCUUAGACAGCACCAGGCCAUUGCAUUGUUUUUACUUUAUGGGUCUUUGGAAAAAACAAACCAACCAAGCUCAAGAAGCUGAGCAGUAUGACAUUAGAGCAAUAGUGAAUGAAUUUAAAAGUAAUAUUCAUGCAUAUCAACACUGGAGCGAAGGAAUGGAUAUUGAAGUUUCCCAUGUAAAAAGAAAAGAUAUCCCAUCAUUUGUUUUUCCUGGUGGAAUUCGUCCUUCUCGCUUGUCAAGAACAAUUGGCAAGGAAGCUCGUACUGUUUCAACAAGUAAGAUUUCAGCUGUUCAAGAAAGAAAUGUUCGAAGUACUGCCCAGCCUGCACCCUAUAAGAGCAGUGAGGUAAACAGAAUUCCUUCAGAUCCUCGUGGUAACUAUCACUCUCAGGAAAGAACUAAUACGGUGUCCUCAAGUUUGCUCUGUGAAGAAACUGGCCAUAUGUUAAAUGGCUCUACAAAUAUCCCUACAGAAUCUGUUGAGCUGGAACACCUGGGAAGCUACAAGGAAAGUACAUCUGUUCCUGAGAAUCAUGUUGCACAUGAUUUAGUCAAGCCACCAGAUAGCACACCUCCUAACUCAACCAAUGUUUAUCAAAGUCCAACAAAUGGAUUGGGCCAUAUUUUAGAUAGUUCUUGUAAAAAACCAGCAGACAACAAUGUCAAUAAAACCACAAAUUUCUCUUCAGCAGUCCUACAAGUGCCUGAUGAACUUGAUGAACUGGAUUCUCAUCAAGUGAAGGUAAAUCAGAAAGAUUUAGUUGCAGUAGAUCAAGGAUUAUCUUGGGAGCAUGAAACUGGAAGUGAUGGGAGCAAAACAGGAACCACAAGUUCCCCUGGCAAUAAUUGUGUGAAGCGCAAAGCUGUGGAAGAGCUUGAGAUACUUGAGCUUGCUGCCCCACUAGUUCGCCCUCCUGCCCCAACAUCCACAGCCCAGAGGAGGCCCCUUAGACUGAGACUGUCAACUGUGGUGCAACCAAAACCUGCUGAAGGAACUUCAUGAAUUAAGUUGCUUGGAGACAUGGAGAUCUUCUCUCUCCAACAGAAGGGAGUCCACCUCUGGCUAUACAAUCCUGUAGAACUGUAUAACGAUAGGGGGGAAAGGCACUAAAGUGUUGCAUAGAGUAAUAUGUAAAGUUGUAACUACGAGUAAAAUUUGAUGUAAAAACAUCCCCAGAAUUUCGAGUUCUAAUAAAGUUGUGUUUUGCUAUAUUUUCUUGUGUGCUGAUGUGGAACUACGGAAGGCAUGUGAACG